CCUGGUGACGUCUGAAUUUGAUUAUUAUUCAAUUAUUAAAUUAGCUUAGCUUGUAGCCUUCACUGCUCACUGAUGAGCAAUGUGGGGUUCAGUAUCACUAGUCGACCUGCUCUACCCAGCCUUACAAAUAUGUUCAUUUAAAUUAAAAUCAAGAAAAAUUUACAAAGUUUAACUGAUCCAACAGACGUUGAUCAGGUUGAUCAUUUAAAGAUAAACACGUUCCUGAAGUUGAACAGAGUGAGAUGUCGCUGCUUCAUAGGACCUUUGAUCUGAGUUCUGAAUCCGGUCAGAGUGAGACCUCCUCAUAGACGCCUCCUCUCUGACGCCUCUCCGCCCUCAAGUUACACACAAGCGAAAAUGUGACACUUCCGGCCUGGACUUUCAAAAUAAUAAAUAUGUUUACAAAUAGACAAAAGGUCCGUUUUAUACACAUUCUGACAGUCAGUAUAGACAACUAAUGGCGUCAUUAUCUGUCUCUUUUUCCCUGUCAUUUAAUAAGGUUGUUUAUUGGUGGAGGCAAGUUGCGCAUUUGUAUAGAAUUUAUUUUGAUGAUGUGACUUACUGACGCUGCAGUGACAGAUCAACUUCUGUAGACAUGAAGCAACAUGUGUGUACAGACACACACAUCAAUCAUCUCACUGAUCACAGUUAUAGUAGUAGUGCAGUUUAUAUCUCAGUCAUAGGUUUUCUGUUUUCAUCAAAUAUCCAGUUCCUCAGCAGCUUAAUAAUAUUCAGCAGAAUUAAGUGAACAAACGACAAAAUAAAAUGUAAAAGUUUGAAAGCUUCACUGAAACAUUUAUUCUGAAGUCCUAUAUUCUGACCGGAAGUUCCAUCUUGUGUCUCCUUCGUGCCUCCUUAUUUUGUGGCGCUUGUCGGAGCGGCAGUCUGUGCGGAAGUUGUUUCAUCCUGCAGGAGGAGAAGCAGCGAAGAAGAAGAAGAAGAAGAAGAAGAAGAAGAAGAAGAAGAAGAAGAAGGUCCUCAGCUCUCCGCCUGAACUCAUCAGACCUCUGGAGGAAACUUCAACCCGCCGCCGACAGCAGCAGCUCCUCCGCCGGCCUCCUGUUUCUCCGGGCGAUGGCGAGGCCGAGCCACAGCGAUCAUGUGCUCCAACAGCUCAACAACCAGCGGGAGUGGGGCUUCCUGUGCGACUGCCUCAUCGCCAUUGGGGACAUCUACUUCAGGGCGCACAAGGCCGUCCUGGCUGCUUGCAGCUCCUACUUCAGGAUGAUGUUUAUCCGGGACCAGCACGGGGCCGGACGUCUGGACCUCAGCAACAUGCAGAUCAGUGCCGAGUGCUUCGACCUCAUCCUGCAGCUCAUGUACCUCGGACGCAUUGUGGUGGGGAGCUACGAGUUUGAGGAGCUCAAGGCCUCCAUGGCAUACCUGCAGAUGUACUACAUCCCAGACUCACUGGAGGAUCUCAGGGACAUCAGGAGCUCCAACUUCACCCCUUCCUCCUCAGCCACCUCCUCCUCGUCCAGUUCCUCAACUGGCCCCGCCGGUGGGAAAAUGAUGUUUGGAGUUCGUAUGUAUGAACAGCAGAGGCCCGCUGCACCAGAACCAGAACGUUUACCAAAAGCUGUCAACAGCACGGCUGUGCGUCCACCUGCUCCAGCGACUGUCAGUAGACCAGUGGUGGAGGAGGUGGUGACCACUCCUCUGAUAGUGGCCCCACCAUUGGUGGACGGAGGAGCCGAGCAACCAUGUGAUUUGAGAAAGAGGUCCAGUGGACGAGGUUCAACUCUUAAAGACCGUCCUCGUUUCGGCCGCACCUACACCUGCGAUGACUGCGGCUUCGUCUUUAGCUGCGAAAAACUUUUAAUCGAACACAUCCUGACCUGCACCAACCGGAAGGCCUUCCAUCAGCCCAGAGGUACCAUCGAAGGUGACAAUGAUUCCAGUAAAGCUGAGAGCUCCACCUCUGACAGCAUCGAGGAGCACAGGGUCACCUGUAAAGGUGAGGACGACUGGCCCGAGGACAAGGCUGACUCUGACCUCACCAUCAGGUCGGUGGCAGCCGGGACAGACAGCGAGCCUGGAUCGACCCGGAACAUCUCCAUCAAGACGGAACCAGAGGAAGGCAUAUUCCCUGAGAUAGAAGUGGUCCGCGUUGGUGAGCACUCCAACAGAGACUGUAGUACACAGUUCAGUGAUGCCACGCGUAAAGACUUGCAGAGGGACAAACCAGGAUCAGAUCGUGAACCAGAGCCUGGCGUCUCUGGUAUGGAUAACAGCAGCGAGCCUUUCGAAGUCCACAUGUCCAGCAGUGAAGAAUCAGGAGUCCCUGUGAAGCUUCGUAAGCUCAAAGAUGAGAAACAGGACGCCGACUGUGCCCCCUGUGAACUGUGUGGCGCCCUGUUAACAGAGGAGGACAAGUCCGCCCACUAUCUGUCCAAUCACAUGGGCCACAUAUGUGCCUGUGGGAGGUGUGGCCAGGUGCUGAUCAAAGGACGCCAGCUCCAGGAGCACGCAGAGCGCUGCGGAGAAUCCCAGGGCGGUGAGUCAGACUCCCAUGGGGAGGACGAUGCUUCCCUGUUGGAGGAGCCACAGGGGAUGGAGGAGGGCCUGCUGGAGGCGGCCGACCUGGCCUGCUCUCACUGCGGCCUGCUCUUCCAGAACGAGAGCCUGGCGCUGGAGCACGCCUUGUCCUGCCACGACCAGGAGCUGUUCCGUCCAGUGCUACUGGAAGAGGGCAGCGAACCAGAUCACCGCCGCAAACAUUUCUGCAGCAUCUGUGGCAAAGGCUUUUAUCAGCGCUGCCACCUGCGGGAGCACUACACCGUCCACACCAAGGAGAAGCAGUUUACCUGCCAGACCUGCGGGAAGCAGUUCUUGCGGGAGCGCCAGCUCCGGCUGCACACUGACAUGCACAAAGGCAUGGCGCGCUACGUGUGCCCGGUCUGCGACCAGGGAACGUUCCUCAAACACGACCACGUCCGACACAUGAUCUCCCACCUGUCGGCCGGGGAAACCAUCUGCCAGGUGUGUUUCCAGAUCUUCCCUGGUGGAGAACAGUUGGAAAAACACAUGGACGUCCACCUGUACAUCUGCGGCGUCUGUGGAGAGAAGUUCCGCCUCCGCAAAGACAUGAGGAGCCACUAUAACUCCAAACACACCAAGAGACUAUAGGACCCUCCUCUGCAUUUAUAAUAGUUUAUUACUAAAAAAAAAGCCAUAAAUGUGAGAACAAAUGUAUGCACUUGAACACCAAAAAGAUGACUUUUUAAUCUGCACUUUCAAAGUAUAUGCAUAACCUAAACGAGCGUUCACACUGCGAGCAGCGGGGCUGAUGAUUGGUCGCUGUGUUCUGACUCAUGGAGAUUGUGUGACAGUCUGCAGCUCUGAAUCAAAGACAUUCAGCUAACAGAGUCAGACACACCCGAUGAAAGUAGAGUUAACUGAAACUACAAACCUUAGCUGACCGUCUUCGGCCACAGCACAGCUAACCAGCUACAUAGCUAAUCUGAUGUAUACUCUUGUUUAGAAUAGUUUGUAAAUAGGCUAUAAACAGGAUGAUACAAAAACAGACGUCCAUCUUUAUGAUCCUUUAAACUGUCCAAAGAAUUCAAACUGAGAUUAAACAACAGUUAUGAAACUGUUGGACGCUCUGUAACGAAUGAUCCGUUACUCAAACUUUAGCACUAGAAUGAACCAAAGUCGGCUCAGCGAUGAUUCGUCAGAUGAAUUCUCGAGACUUUGUGUUGGUUCAUGAUUGUGUUGCUCACAGUGUGAACGCACCGUACGACCGGCAGUGAACUCCAAGAGAAAUGAUAACUGGUCCGUCCUCUGAGCUUCAGGUCCUGUUCUGACCGUCCUGCAGACAGUGUGAUGAUUUGAAUUCUGAUGUUGAGUAGACGCCCAGUUCAUUUUCUGUUUGGAGCGACCCGUCUGUCUGAGUGUCUGUCAGCAUUUCAGAGGGCCACGAUGCCUCAACGUUUCCUCAACGUUUCCUCGCUUUGAUGUCAGUUUUUUUCUUAGAAUACUAAAGUCUUAGAAUACAAAACACGUUGAGUUUGUCAUGUUCACGUUAACAUGCACAGUCGGUGGAAAAACACUGAAUUGUGAUUCUGUUUUAAAUCCGACAGCACACUGAUUCAUGUUGUUUUUAUCGCUCGUCUCUUCGUUCACGUGUCUCGAUGAUGCGACAGUCGCUGACCAACAUGCUCAGUGUUCGGUGCCUUUACUGUAUCAGUGGUGCACACUAGCGCCAUUGCUGUCUUCUUCACAGUGAUGCAUGCUGGGAGAUGGACUGGCCUCCUGUUUCAGGAAAUAUUCCAUACAUCCAAUUUGACAAAGACAACAAAACACUAGAGGAGGUCUGCUCAUCAGACCAGCGCCGCAUCUGUGUGCUGGACUGGACUGUUGAUUUUAAAGAAAGUUUCAGACCGGCAUCUCCCCAUCUGUAGAUCUAAACACAGUAAUGGUUCUCAGGUGCAGACCAGAACAGAUGUGGUUUCAGUCCGGUCACUCAGUAGUUUUGGAACAGUUUGUGUUGGGAAUAGGAUCCAACCUGAAUGACAAAGCUCCUGCAGCCAGAUGUGCUUUGCAUGCUGGGAUGUGGGAUUUUGGUUUAUGGAAUUUCUUUCUGUGUGAAAAGAAACCAAACUAAACAACAGAUUUACAAACUCAUCCGCUGACUCGGCCCAGAGCAAACCAGCACCUGUCCCAGGUGAAAAUGGGUUCUUCUACUAAUGGAUCGCCUUGAGUCACAGUAAGUUGUUUUCGGUCAAAGCUACACUGCAGAUCCGGACACGACUUUAAACAGAGAAUAACUGGGAGAACCUGAACUUGGUGGAAUAUGCAAACUGAAACCAGUCAAACCACCCAAAACCAUUUCAGUCCAUCUAAACCUGUUAAACUGGUUAAAAGUCAAUGGACAGCUGCUCUGAACUCAACUAUUCUCAAGUGAGCAGUAACAGAACCAACCAAAACCACUUCAGAACAGGCUACACAUGGCAGCAUCCAGUCUAAACCACUUUCAGAGUCAAUUAAAACCAGACCCAAACCAGUUCUGAAUGGACAUCAGCAGUUUACAGCCAGUCCAGACCAGUUUUAUGCCCAGUUCACACCAUUUCACAUCCAACUCAAAAGAGGUCCAAUCCAACUACAGCAAGUUCAGAAGCUGCCUAAACCAGUCCUAAACUGACCCAAAGAUUUCAGCCCGAUACCAUUUCAGAACCAAAAUGAAAAUUAUAAAUCAGUUGUCAAUAAAACCUGAUAGUGAAGAAACUAGUUGAAAGUUCCUUGCAGUCCUGAACCAGCUGAAACCAGCUCAGAAAUGGCCCAGCAGGACUUCAGUUCUUAGCAGUCUGCAAUCAGUCUUGAGCAGUCUGAAACAAUUCAGACCCAGUCCAUCUGUGAUUCUGGUCGGUGAUGGUGUUAUUGUCUCCGUCCACAGAUCUUUAGACAAUCGAUGUUUGAUGAGAACACUGUGCCAAUCAGGACCGGAGAGAGACUUAAUUCAUGAGGCCCAACAGAAUCCUGCCUUAGACCCGAUCAGAAUCAAACUAAAGGGCACUUUGAUUGAAUCCGGUAACUUUAAACUGAAGGCUGAAACCAGUCCAGAGUUCGUUACGGACCCUAAGAAUUCAGAACCAGACCUGAAUGAAGCAGGAAGUGUCUGCUGAUGAAUCUGAAUCACCUGUUCCUGCUGCACCUGAGUCACUUGGAUAAACUCUCAGAAACGUCCUUUUUAAUGGUACCGUGUCAAUGAUGUGAGCACUUGUUGCAGGCGUGUCGGCUCUGACAUGAACCACAUGGACCUGGUGGCCGUGAAAUGAAGCUUGUGUGUCGUACUGCAGAGUUCCAGGUCAACACAGGGCGUCGAUGCAAACUGACGGUCUGGAGCUACCGUUAGCAUUAGCCACGUCUUAGCUCACGUCACUGUUGUAAUUGUCACAUGACGCAACAGGAAGCUGUGUAUAUCAACGAAUUGAACCCUGGAUGUCAGCAGAUGGUGAUGUUGGCGACAGAUUGUCUCUGUUGUUGCUCCUCAGCUGCUGAUCCAUCCGUGAGGUUCUGACCUGUAACGCAGCAGCGUGACGGCAUCAAGCUUCACUACUCGAACACGUUGGUGAAUGUGGUGUUUGUUCUGAAGCUUUUCUCUCACCAUGUUUGUGGAGUUUUGGAAGAAUGAACUCAAACUUUUCUUAAGCUCUUAAUAAACCAAGUGAACUUCGGUUGGUGAA